AUGGCACCCAAAAGAAAAUCGGAUGGCGCCGCGGGAAGCAGCGUUGCCAAAAAGCCCAACAAUGCCACCGGGAACAAACCCGACGAGCCAACACCCUGGCAACACCCACGCUGGUCAGAAGUCUCUGCUUCUGGAAACUCGGACGCGGCCUUUCGUGAAGCUAUGAAAAAGCCCGACCAGAACCCCUUUGCAUACCUCAAUGUGUGCAAGCAACUGCUCGAGCAGAUCCCGGAGGAAAUUCAGCGCGAACGCGAAAACAGGGAUGACGAGAUCCAGGCUGGCGCAUGGCGAUUCAACAUGAUGCGCGAACAACUUCCAUAUCGAAACCCGGAAACAUUUGGAAUGAUGAUGUUCAGCGAUUACCCCAUCUGGGGUACAAUCGAAGUGAUUGAAAAUCAGAUAUUGGACUUCAAUGAGGCGACCGACUGGAGGGAACAGUGGGCAGUCUGCGAAGCCUUUAUCAUGCUCCUCGGGGCGGAGGAACUUAAGGCCAUGGGAUGGUCCGAGGAACCCGCUGAUUUCCUGACACUUGUGGAGGGUGGUUUCCUCACGAUGCUUGCCAAGCUUGAGAGCCUCAAUCUCCUGAAGCCAGACUCGGAGGUGAAAAAUCUCGGUGCGAUCAUGUCCUUGGCUAUUGGAAAUGCGUAUGAACUGGCCAAUUAUGGCCUGGAGUUCGAGGGCCUUGACAAGAAGGUUCUGGCCUAUGCUCUCAAGCACGAUAUCGUUCUGCCAGGGCUCCUUCGUACGGAGAAGACCGUCAAGGAACUCUCGGACAAGGCUCGUGCAUUCAAUCUUCCUGAAUAUGAUGCAAACGACAACGAUCCCUGGCAAUUGACGAAGACUUUGAAGAAGUACACCCCAGCGGGAGAGGGGAAGAAGAUGGGCGGGGACAAGUAUGAUGUGACGAGCUGGACAUCGGCCAAGCGCAAGAAGAACAGCUCAAAUCGCAAGGAUCCUUGCUCGAAGGAGAUGAUGGAUAAUAUCAAGAAUGGAAUGGUUCUGUCACUGGCUACUUAG